UUGAACAGGCUGCCUUUGUCGUGUUUCUACCGGAGCAGGAUUACUGAGAUCAGGUUUUCGAGAUGAAAGUGUAUCGAAGAGACUCGGUGGUCUCCAAAAAAUGACUUCAAAUGGCUGCCAGCAUUUGAGUGCCUUCAAAGCAGCCCAAGGAACAGAACCAUUCCGAAUAAUUCAUGCCCACUUCAUCGCCUGCACGUCAGCCGAUGCUCUUCGACGAAAGGCAAAAUCCUGUCUGUGUUACUCGUGUCAUCAACCAGUGCCACGCCUCCACUCCUGCCUACACUGUAUAUACUUUGGAUGUUAUGGUGCUGGACAUAUCCACGAUCAUGCCAAAACUAGUAAACAUCCAUUAGCUGUAGACCUGACAUAUGGUGCUGUUUUCUGUAUAGCUUGUGGUGAUUAUGUCUACGAUGCAGACUUGGAAGAUAUUGCUCAAAAACAGGUCACACAAGCAGUCCCCAAGGUGGGACCCAUUAACAAACGUGAGUGCAGCUUUAGUGGUACUACAGGUAUAGGUCACCGCCUAUCUCCAUGGGAACCAACACAGGAAGAAGUUGACCUUCUGAUUCAGCAUCCCAAACGAAGGAAGGUUGAGGGCACCUCUACUGUAGGUUUGCGUGGUUUAAUCAAUCUUGGGAACACCUGCUUUAUGAACUGUAUAGUCCAAGCCCUAACUCAUACACCACUGCUGCGGGACUUCUUUCUGGCUGACAGACAUCACUGCCCCCAAGCCACUCAGUCCCAAAAGUGCCUUGUUUGUGAAAUGGCCCGCUUAUUCCAGGAGUUUUAUUCGGGUGUACGUACUCCUCACAUACCAUACCGAUUGCUGCACCUUGUGUGGACGAAUGCACGGCAUCUGGCUGGCUACGAGCAGCAGGAUGCUCAUGAGUUCCUCAUCGCAGCCCUGGAUGUUCUACACAGACACUGUAAAGGAACAAAUGGCAUGUCUACGACGAAUCCUCACCAUUGUAACUGUAUCAUAGACCAGAUUUUCACAGGUGGCUUACAAUCAGAUGUCACAUGUCAACAGUGCAAUAAUGUGUCAACGACGAUUGAUCCGUUCUGGGACAUCUCCUUAGACCUGGGCCCUGGACCUCCGACAACAGGCAGUGAUUCUUCUCCAGGAUCUGGAAGCUCAAACAGUCCUGGCAACUAUGAACCUACCUCAUUAGUUGACUGCUUGAAAAGGUUUACAAAGCCUGAACAUCUGGGCAGUUCAUCCAAGAUAAAAUGUAGCAAAUGCCACAGUUAUCAGGAGUCCACAAAGCAGCUAACGAUGAAAAAGCUUCCAGUGGUAGUGUGUUUCCAUUUGAAGAGAUUUGAGCAUUCCACAGGCUACCACAAGAAGAUCUCAACAUAUGUCUCAUUCCCUGAGGAACUGGACAUGACACCCUUCAUGUCUUCCUCCAGAAACAACAACAACGGAUAUUCUAAUCAAAUUGUACUAGAAUCCACCAACAGUCUGUCCUGUGACAACAAAUACUCACUGUUUGCUGUGGUCAACCACAGUGGCACCAUUGAGGCCGGCCAUUACACAUGCUUCAUUCGUCAGCACAAGAACCAGUGGUUUAAGUGUGAUGACCAUAUGAUCACUAAGGCCGUACCUCAGGAAGUUUUGAACAGCGAAGGGUAUUUGCUGUUCUACCACAAACAGAUACUGGAGUAUGAAUGAGGUUGAGCUCUGCUUAAAUCUGGUAGUGUGUUUUAAUCUUGGUAGCAUAAUAGGUGUGGCAAGUUUGUCUGGGUAAUUGUACAAAUGAAAGAAUUAAACCGGAGGGGUUUUUGGGUUUUUUUUUGUUUUUUUUUACAAGUCUUAAUUUUGGCUCACAGGGUGUGAUGAGGCCCUGCUUGCCAGGCUAUGUGUACAAGUGUAAUGCAGUAUGGUUGAAUACCAAUGGUGCAAUUUUAACCUCUGGUAAAUGUAUGUGUGUUUAAUAUUGAGCUUUGUGGCUAGACUCUUACAAUAAAGCUUAUCCAAAGAGAACAUGGACACAUUUAGGAUAUCUGUAUUUAAAAAAAGGGAUGAAGUUAGAAUAAGCUUUACUGGGAUAUUGAUCUUAAGUAACAGGAAUGUCCACACAUUUUAACAUUGUACUUAAUGAAAUCAGAUUUAUACAGUAAAUUGUUGUUUACAGAAUAAACACAGAAUCGCAGAGAUACAAAUGUCCAGUCCUCUAACAUAUCUGUUGCUUAGAAAGGGUGUCAAAAUAUUAUUAUUAUGUUUUUUUUUGUGACAGAUCUACUGAGGGGAUAUCUAUGGCUUUGUUUACCACACAUAUCUUUAUGUCCCAGAAUAUUGUUUUGAUAUUUUGUUGGAGAAAUAGCUUGGACAAUUCUGUGUCUAUGAGGUAUAGUUCUCCUUGUGAGAGGUGGUUAGCAUAGCUUGUAUUACCAGAGGAAUAUUGUCCUUCAAGAAGAGGACAACUAUUUAUCCCACCUGUAUGUUUAACUGGUGCUUACCUUCCUCAAUUUUGUGUUUUUCUUGUGAUUUAGUAUCUUCAUUUUGGAUGACGUGUACAAACAUUUAUUUUGUGUUUGGUGGUUCACUAUUUCACCCAGACAGAAGAGUACUUUGUCUGUGUAUUUCUGUCAGUACAUUACAUGACUUUGAAUAUGGUUUAAAUUGAGGCUGUGUAUUUUGAUAAGUGUAUUUUUUGGAUUUUCAUUUUCGAAAAAAAAAAAAAAACAGGAAAGCAAUCAGAAAAAUUUUUAUUUUUAUUUACAUUUCAGUUGUGGCUUUUUUUGUGUGACAGCAGGGCUAGUAAAUAUAUCUACAUCGGUUUAUAGGUCACAUGUCUGUAGUUGGGAAUACAUAAUUUAUUGACUCCCAACAGUAUUGUGUGUACAUACAUAUUUAUGAUUGUACAAGUUUAAAAAAGAGUAAAACUAUAAAAAAAUUUAAAAAAAGGAUUUCACCGAUGUAAAAUCAUAGGCCUGUUGUAGACAAUCUAGUAAUCAAACAUAAUCAGAAAUAGCAAUUUUAGAGUACAGCUUGUUUUGCUGUUUAUCUUAGUCUUAAUUGAUGUUUAGUUAGCGGCCCAUCUUUCCUGUUGUCAAUCCAAGCUGAGACUUGAUGGUUUGAUCCUGUGUGGGACAUUGUCUAAUCUGUCAGUUUGACCAAAGGCAUUAAAUGUUGCUUCAUUUUUUAUGCAUUGUAUUGGUUUGAGAAUUUGUGAUCGAAUUAUUAAAUACUAAUAGCCUAUAAAUCAGACAUCAAGGAGGGUCAAGUCGGAAAUCACACCAGCAAAAUCAGACAGCAAGGAAGGUCAGGUCUGAAAUCACAUCAGCAAAAUAAGACAGCAAGAAGGCUCAGGUCUAAAAUCACAUCUGCAAAAUAAGACAGUAAGGAGGGUCAGGUCUGAAAUCACACCCGCAAAAUCAGGCCACGGCUGCAACAAAGGACUGUAUUUGUUCUAAUACUUCUCCCAAAAAAGCAUUCUUAGAAGCACGAAAAGCUGAUAAAAGAUUACUUUUAUAGUUGUAACACAUUUUUCUGGUUAGAUAUUAUCCUACCUUCAAAGCAAACUCCCAGAAAUGGGGCUAAAUGAGUAAUGUAGUCAUGAGUCCAAUUUGCAGUCAAAUAUAGCAAUUGUCUUAAUAAGAGAAGGGCAUUUAUGAUUUGGUAGAAACACUGUGUUUGUCACCUUUGGCUGACUAAUCAUUGAAGGAUUACAAUGAAAAACUGACUGUUCAUGCUUGACAGACCUGACACCAGUGGUGUUUCCUAAAAUGAGAUUAAAAAUAUUGUUUUUUUUUAUAUACAAGAGAAGGACACUGGUGUUUACACUAUUUGCAGUGUGCACGCAAAAAUAAUUGGCUUUAGUGUCAUUUGUUCUGGGACCUAAGUGAUGUCAUGGAAGUUACACGUUCUGACACGAUUGGAUUGCUUCCUUAAAUGGGCCCCUCGUCUCCAAAUAGUCAAAAUUACUGCAUUGCAGUAUUCCAUAACGCAGCUUUUAUCCUGAAACUUAGCAUUACCAAUGUGGUUGACUUAGCCCUUUUAGCGUUCAGAUUGAUUAAAUCACUCAUGUGUAAUGUGUGCCCUACUCCACUCAGCUGAAAAGAAAGUUGGUCAUGAUGUAGGAAUUUUCAGAUGUGAUCAUAUUAUUGACGUACAUGGACACUGGUAUGUUUCCUAAAUCUCUGGUUUUUUAGAGCUCUCCUACUACAAGGGCUCUGAAGUGCUGGGGUCACCUUCACAAAAUGUCUUUAAUCCAUCUUUUUGCAACUUUUCUUAAAUGCUGUUUUUUGUUUUGUUGUAAUGGCAUGAAGGCUGAAUCAGUAGGGAAAACACUUACGGAAUUGAGGUAGGAAUUUUUGUAAAAUGAUUACAUAUACUCGACAAAGUCCUGGCCUCUUAGCCUUGGCAUAGUUUCCUCCACAGUUGUGUAAAUGAUGCCAUCUUGAAUAGAGUACAAGAGGGUACUAUAAUUAGCUAAAUUAUUGAUCAAUUCA